ACAACAUUUUUUAUUUGUAGGUCGUGCCGUUAGACAAAAAACACUGUCUGCGGUGGAAUUUUAUGCCGGACUGAAGGAAGAUGCUGCGAGCUACUCAACAAUUAUACAAGACAGUAUUUAUGCUGAUAGUCCUCUUUGACGGUUUAGCAGUAGUUGAACCACGAGUCCAAAUAAUAAGUCCUGUAGAGAACCAAAUCAUCAAGUUCAACCAAUCUGUCUUUUUCAACUGUACUGUCAGUCUGGGAAAGAACAUCACUGGAACACUUGAGUGGAGAAGAGAUGGUGCUUCACUUACACCCACUGAGAAAUCUCAAUAUUGGGCAAGUUUUGAAAUCAGAGCUCUCCAAAAAGAUCAGGAAGGAAUUUAUCAGUGCAUUUACUCUAAUGGUGAGAGAGACCAAGUGCGAGUGUGCCUUGCAGAAAAGCCACAGGGAUGGCCUAUUAAAUUCACCAGUCCAAUAAGUACCCAUCUUGAUGAAUUCCCCACACUGAGUUGUUUUGCGAUGGGAUGUCCCACACCAAACAUCAUUUGGUUUAAAAACAAUUCACAAAUAACUGCAACCGGCAAAGGCCGUAGAUAUUCCAUUGACAAUAAAAUAACACAGCCUGGAAAUCGCACAUCAGACUUGAGGAUAAGGGCAGUUCAAUUAGAUGAUGCAGGGGACUAUGUUUGCAUAGCUCGUAAUGCUCUUGGAAGUGACAACAGCACAAUAACACUUUAUGUUAAAGGUACAAAUAAUCCUCUUGCUACAAUAGAAGCAGAGAAACCCAAAUACACUGCUGAAGUUGGGACCAAAGUAACCCUUGUUUGUGUCGGUGAACAGGUCAAAGAGGAUGUUUUUACCAGUGUUUAUUGGUCAUUUAAAGGAAAUGUGCUGUCAAAUUCCAGUAAACACUACAUAGUAAAUGAUUUUUUCACCCUUAAGGUAGGAAGUACACCUAAAGUACAAACAGAACUCACGUUGUUAAAAUUGGAUUAUGAGGAUAGUGGAAAUUACUCUUGCAAAGUGGUCGAUGCGUAUCGUAUCGAAAGUGAUCUGGUGGUACUUGAGGUGAUUCCAAAAGAUGACAAGAUGGUACUGUGGUUGAUAAUUGUCAUUUCUUUUGCGGUGCUUUUGGCCUUGGCUCUUUUUGUUUUAAUCUUUAUUUUGUGGCGGAGGAGAAGACGCAAGCAGAAAAUGAAAGCUGCUGCUGGAAAAUAUGAUCAUGAGGAUGGCUUCUUCACAAAGGACGUGUUCAUUUCGUACAGUGGCAAAGAUUAUGAUUGGGUAAAAGAGUUCUUGAUGCCACCACUGGAUCACAAUCAAAUAAACUACAUCAUUCAUUCGCGCGAUUUCGUGCCAGGGAAAACGUUUAUCGAGAACAUGGCCGACAGUGUCUACAACAGCAGAAAAGUAAUUCUGAUUAUGUCCGCGAACUACCUAGCCAGCGGAUUCUGCAAGGAUGAGAUGUACAUGGCCACUCACAGAGAGUCGGCGAGGAACGAUGCGUCACUUAUUGUUGUGCGCAUUGACAACAGCAUCAAAACCGCUGACAUACCAAAGAUCCUACGGCACCGCACCUUCAUCGACGUGACCAGUCAAGAGGAAGUCGCCACUUGGGAGAAUAGAAUUCUCGAUUACGUGCGCUCAGACAGCCGACCUGUACCCACACCGCGAUCUGCAAUCGAAAGCGUUACGUCAAAUGAGAGCAUGCAAUUUUCAGAAACGAGGAAUCUUCUCUCGAAGUUCAAGUUGAAGAAAAAAAGGAAAGUGCCGAAUAAUGGGCGUAAUGUUGAACAAGAGCUUGUCAAGGUUGAUGAUGACGAAGAUGACUUAAACUUUACGUAGGGCUUUGUAGCUUAGCAAGACUAGUUUCUUCGCAUAUAUUGUGCUAUACUUGACCACAAUUGGUUGAAAGCAGACGCUCAUAAGCUUCUGUCAUUAUUUCAAAAUAUUGAAAAUAGUAUGUUGUUUUGUGACUAGAUGUGUAUACUUUGAGGAAAACGUUUGACUUUCUCCUCUGAUAUUUAAUUCAUUUGGUUAUUAGAUUAUUUAAAUGCAGAGGAAAUUGCCCCUGCAUGUAAUUUUUUACCUACAAGUCAACUUUGUUUUUUAAUGUUUUUUAUUUUUCAAAACUAAACUAGGGAGGAGCACAUCAAACAGUAGUUGUAAAACUUUUUCAUUCUCCGACGCGUUUCGCCUAACUGUCGUAGACUUCUUCAGGGAGUUUUACAAGUGUCACUAGGCGCUUGUAUUUAUAAGCCAAAGUUCGGAGGCUAUUACGGCUAUUACGGGGGCCAAUGAGCAUAGAGGCUUAGCCGGACCUUUACGACUUAUUUUUGGGACCGCGAAACGCGUCGGAGAAUAAAGACGUUUUAAACGAACGUUCGCAGAAGUGCUGCUCACUAGUUUAGUUUUAAAACAUAAAUAAAUAAAUAAUUAUUGAAAAUUUUUUCGAGUCCUAGGUUUUUGACUUGUCUAAAUGGAAUGUCUAGUUCAUUAAAAAAUCACCUUAACUGA